AAUGACGAAAGUCCUAACACUGCUGGUCAUCUGUCAAAUGGUCGGUGGGACUCGGUAGGAAGAUGCAAAGAUUAUUGCUCUACCGUGGCUUGAGUGAGGACUGGGCAAAAUGGGGGGGUGUGUAGGCACGGCCAGGGAAGGCUCGGCCUCAAGCCGUACGUCUUCUGCUGAGGGAUCCACGUCCAUGAGAGGUGGUACAUCAAUAGGAAAGAAUGUCCCUCUGCGGCACGAGAGGAUCAGAUGGAAGUCGGACAUGCCUCUGACGGAGGGCCAAGUGAGGAGCAAGAGAGACGAGUUUUGGGACACGGCUCCUGCCUUUGAGGGUCGUCGUGAGAUAUGGGAUGCACUCAAAGCUGCAGCGCUGGCCAUUGAGAAUCAAGACUAUGACUUGGCUCAAGCAAUUAUUGAUGGAGCAAAUAUAACACUUCCUAAUGGUGCCUUGACUGAUUGCUACGAUGAGCUGGGAACAAGGUACCAGCUACCUGUUUAUUGCUUGUCCUACCCACUCAACAUCCUUCAGCGCACACCUGAUAAAGAUGGUGAAAAUGAAGCAGGAGCAAGUGUGGAGGGAGAAGAGACCAUUCUUAAAGUCCGUCUCUCCACAACCAGUAAAGAUGUAAAGCUGGCUGUGCGUUCAACAGACUCAGUAGCUACAUCAAAGAGAAAGCUUGAUAUUCAAGAGAACCUGAACGGUAGUCGUCAGCGAUGGUUUUAUGGCGGAAAAUUACUCGGUGACCGUCUGCUAGUGUGUGAGUGCAACAUCCAUCCUAGCUAUAUCGUCCAAUCCAUUAUUACAGAGGACUUCAUGACAACCAUUGAUAGUUGAGGAUUUGAGGUGGAUACUAGGAGCUGUUGUUAUAUGUGAUAAUUGAUGUGUCAUAUUUAGUGAGUGAAUGAAGUGUAUAUGAAGCUCUUGGGUUAUUUUGUAGAGUACCGUACGUAGUUUUCAAAGGAUGAGGAUUCUUUAGGUGUAAUUGUUUGCCUUUCAACAGAUGUGUUAGAAUUGACCAUGAUCCAUAUACUUUAAUCUUAAGCAGAGGAUGUACCAGUGACACUCUUGUUUAAAUAUUGAUAUAAUUUCCAGCGUUUGGUUUGGUACGUUUCCUAACUUUAACGUAUGACUGACAAUGUGCCUCAGUUGUCAGAGUUACGGUAGACAAUGGUGACUUUGUACGGAGCUUUUUAUACGCACUGUUUAGUUACUGUUAAUUGGACUCUGUGUCUUUAGUUGUGGGAUUAUUUUUUUUUGUACAAGCAAAGGAUUUGAAUUGAAACUACAGUAGGACUCACAGAAUCUUAAGAACUCCCAUGAGAAGUGUUAACGAGAAGGUAGAAAUAAUGACGGUGGUGAAAUGCAAGCCUUCCAUCAAAGCAAACGUUUGUAAGAGUUGAAGGUAUGAACAUAUUUUGGGGGGGACAAGUUCUUGGAUAGAAACAUACACUGAUAAACACUGAAGACAACUUUGUUUACUUAUCUGUUUCACCAUUCUCGAGGAUUAUUGCAUCUGCUCACUUAAUGUUAGGUUUUAUUUAUUAUGAGGAGCUGCUGUUACCUUUAUACAGUAGAACCUUUCUGUAUCUAGUGGGACAAUGGUAAGAAAAUGGAAAGUGGAGUAGUUUUGUUACUAGUGGACUUGUGAUAUUCUUAGUCUUUUAUUUAGGAGUAAAACAAAUGUACUACAAACUGGCCAGUGAAAGAUCUGUUUUUGUAAUGAAUUUUUGAUGACUUUAGUACACAGCUCAAAACAGUUUUACUUCUUUAUAUAGUGUUAAAAGUUAUUACAAGUUGAGGUAUUAACAAUCUGUGGAGUAUGUGCCUUUUGUUGCUGGGUAUCACACAAAUGAGUUUUCAAAAGUUUGCACUAGAAAAUUAUUUAUUAUUUUUUCUAUAUUUAAUGACCUUGUCUUUAAUCUUUAAUAAUAAUAGAAAUAUAUUGUUUUUCUGAAGGCACUCUAUGGAUUGUCUCAAUACAGAUUGAGGAUACAAUGCCAUUUUAUUUUUUAAAUCAAUAAUGGUAAUUAACUGAUAUUAUUUUGAGAAGAAUUGUCAGUCUCACAAAUCAAUACUCAAUACUGUACACUCAUUUUGAUAUUUAUUGUCUGUACCUUUAGUGAAGCACAAUGAUUCUAAAAUCAGGAUGCGAGAAGAAGCAAAUGUCAUAGCAGUAUAUAGUGGUAAUUGAUUAUGACAAUAUGAACUAAUAUUGAGUCUUAGGUAUACUGUUCACUCGCUUGGUGGGAAUAUUAAGUCUAGUUCCAUCUAUUGAGGAAUUAAAAUUGGAUUUGAGAUAGCCAUUUUAAAUAUCAAAGUACUGUAAUUGGAUGAAUGAAUGUACACUCACCAAAACAAAAUCCUGUCAGUCCUCUCUCCCAGCCAUGAACCCUGAGACUCAUGAACCUGUGAAUCUGAGACAUCACACAGUGGACCAUCUAAUGUGUGAUGUCUCAGAUUCACAGGUUCGAGUCUCAGGGUUCAUGGCUGGGAGAGGGGACUGACAGGAUUUUGUUUUGGUGAGUGUACAUUAUAGACAGUACAGUAGUGAACUCAACUAAGUCACUGGAGGGACAAAUUUAUUUAAGGAAUUGGAAUAAUUCAGGAUUAAAUUUUUGCAAUAUGGUAAGCAUGUUUAACUAAGAGUAAUUCUUUGUGAAUGUGAGACCCAUUCCAGAAGUAAAAUCAUGGAAUAUAAGAAAUUUGUGGUUAUAUAUUAAAAAAUAAAUAAAAAUCAAUUAAAGUGAUGAGGAAAAAGUACUAAAUCCAUAUAAUUAUUUACUACUUAUUCUUGAACUUUUAAAAUGAAAUGUCUUCAAUAUACUACUAUGUACUGUGUGUUGUUUGAGUGUGUGUGUUAGAGGUACUAAUGCUUCUAUUCAUUCACAGUUAUUCUUGAUUUGUGCUUGGGUUUGUACGCAGUGAAUUUGUAUUCUUGUACUUAUUGAUUUAGCAUUUAUGUAUAGUGUUCUAUUUGAUACAUUACCAGCAAGUAAAAUUGGUGGUGAUGAUUGUUGUGUUGUGGUAAAUGUUUGUCAGUGUUGGAAGCAGGGAGACAAACAGCUGUGUAAGCCUCAUAAUUAUGGGUUGGUAUCAGGCCUGGGAAGUAAACACAUAACCGUAGAGCCAGUUACAAAAUAUUUCAUUGUGACAGCCAUAUUUUUUAAGCUAGGGGAAUCUUGAAGCUUCUGGAACUCAGGAUCUGGCCUCCCAAAAGUUACGGUACUUUCAUUGUUGGUGCCUCAGCUCUGUGGGCUUUAUUAGAUUACUAUUAUUGAUGUAAUGGAUGUAAAUGUGUUUUCCUCUCUUGUAAUUUAUCAUUUGAACUUGAGCACUUGGCCAUGAUGUCCCUAAAAGUUGCAUUUGUUGUGGUAUUUGGCUCACCACGAGGUUCAGCCGUUCAGUGAAAUGUAAAAAUAGGUUGUGAAAAUAUUUCUACUUGGUUCAUUUAAAAAGUGUGGCUGUCUGUCAAGCAUGUAUGCAUAGUCUUUGAUCUGAGAUUGAUAUGAAUGAGCUACUUUGUUUCUUUACUUUUAGGAGUUCAAUUUAUGAUCUUCAAUACAGUUUGGUAAGGUGAAAUACCCUUAGUGCAUUGCGCAAAAACUUUUGACGGGUUUGUCGUUCGUCUCAGAGUGAGACCUGCUUUAUAAAUUGUCAAUUUAUUUUUGUCAUUGUAAAUUUUUUGUCAUCAACAGUUUAGUUGGGUAGAAACAGUCAGAGUUUGUCAACCAUUCAUCUUCAGAAAUUAUGUCUGUAAGUUUAUGUAUUUUAUAGCUUGACUUAAGUCUCAGGUGACUCGUAUAUAAUCACACAUCUUCAAGGGGACCACAACUUGGUAACUGGAACAAAACUUUGAACAAAAUAUUGUAAAUUGAAAAAAAAAGUCCUUUCCUGCCGCAUCAGAUUUUUUGAUAGGUAACACUUUGUAUGGGGCACUACUGAGGGAGGAGGAGGAUUCUUCAUCACCAUGCGUUGAGGGUUUGACUAGUUGUACAGUCCCAGGUGUUUGUAUUUGUAAUAUGUUUACUUGACAGUGCAAGAAUGUUUGUCAUUGCUGAACAACCCAGUGGCUGGUGUGGUGGGAAGCUGCCUACAGGGUCUACACUGCCCAGCACUGCAGCCUUAUUUUUCCCACCUGUAACUCAGUGUAUAAAGAUAGUGUCUUACCAGGUGCAGGAUGUAGUCAGAGGACACAAAGAUGAUAUUUUGGGUCCCUUCAUAGAGUUACCUGGGAUGGGAGUUCAGGAAAAGUCUGUCUCUAUAACUCACACUGUGUAUCUGGCUUCAGGGGUGAUGAAAUAUACACUUUGUUUCCUUUUUCGAUUUCGUAUUUCAACGUUUAAUUACAAUUUACAAGUUGGUGUUGCGGGAGUCUGGUUCUCGCCCUUUAAACUUGUCUCACUAUAUAUGAGUCACCUUAUCCUUGCUCAGUUAUCAAAUGGGAUUUCAGAAUCAGUCCUUUAUAUUUCCAUAUUGCUAAAUGCUACCAUUCUAUAGUGCUCAAUUUUGUUUAAUUUAUAUUAGGUAAUUAAUUGAGUUAGACAUGUGGUGCAUGAGGAAUAGAUAAUCUCCGUGCCUAGUGCAAAACAACACUAACCUUGAUGGUGCUAGUGGGGAAGAGUGUCUCAUCAGGGUAGUAAGAGGCUCCAGAUCUUAUUAUAGAAUAUUCAUAUGUAUGGGAGACACCUCCUGCACGUCUGUGUCUUUAAUCUUAGUACAGUAGAUAAAGAAUUACAACAGCUCGAGUCUGUGUUGAUGCAGAUAUUUUUUAUUGGUAAUUAUCCAUGUAGUUACUGUCUGACUAUUUUAGUGUUAAUAGAGCUGAAGAAUUGUAGGAAAUAUGAUGUAUUGUUUAUAAAAAGAAAUAACGGCAUUCAUUUAGUAAAUAGGAUCAUUUUGUUUAUAAAUUAGCCCGACCAGCUGGUGAACUGUCAAUUUAGAAGAAAUUUAGUGUAAUACAGUAUAUGAAUGUGUGCGUGCGUUCGUUCGUUCGAAGCUUGAUAUUUGAGAAUUAUUUCUAGAAUAUUAUUUAUUUAUUUAUUUAUAAUUACCUUAUUGCUGGGAUUCUCAUUGUAAACCCUGAUACAGAGAAAAGAUAUUCAUGUUCUAUUCUUGCAUUUAGAAAGUUACUUCUUUGGCAUUUUUUGUAGCAUUACUGUUUAGUCCAGCACGUUUGAGUGUUACCUCAAAACUUGUUAUCCUCACACUUACCUAGUGAACUGUGUUACUGGAAACGUAUAUAGUAUUUUCAAAACCAAUUGUUUCUUUGAUUUACUAGAGGAAAAUGUAUUUUAUUUUUAAAGACUUUUCUUUGUUGAUACUUAAACUAAUUUGCAAAUUGUUCAGCAACUGUCUCAUGUCCUCCUCCUUUAUCAGCCCCAACAGUUAUGGUUGAUGAAAACUCUGCAUUAUAUUAAGGCAGGCAAACUUUAACUCUCAAAAUUAGAAGGACACAUAUUAUACAGUACUGUACUGUAGUUCAUGAUCGGUUCAGAAUUUGAUGUUAACCCUAAAAGGAACUCGUCUGCUGCAUACAAAGAGAGAAUGGAUAUACAGGUACUAUUGUACUAAAGUACUAUAAAAAUAAUCUAAGGCAGACUUUUCCUGUUCUGUGCAACAUUAUUUUAAUCAUGAAACUAAGUACUGUACUGGGAGUAGAAAAUGAUCCUUGAAUGUGUUUAAAGUUUAUCGUGUUGAGGGAAAGGUGCGAGAGAGACAGAAAGGUUCCUUUCAAGAGAACAGAUUGUUUGUUAGGAAUUGUACUAGAUUCCAUUAGCCUGGAUAUGUAUAUGAAUAUGUCUGAAUAUGCGUCAUGAUUCCAUAUACUGUAUGUGGUGAGGUAUCUGUUUAGUAGCUGCCUGUUGAACAAUUCUGUGAUGCACGUAAUAACACAAGAAUAGUGGAAGCUCCAGUAGUCCCACACAGUACUAGGCAGCUGUUCACAGCCAACCCUUAUUACAUGAGUGAGGUAAUGGAGUCUUAGCCUGAGUUUGAGUGAUUGCUUUUAAAGGAAAAUUUUUAGGUAAAGUUUGCAGGGUUUUUUUAAUGUUACCAAGGCUGUCAGCUUCUUGGUACAAGAGACUGUGACUGGUAGUGAAGGUGGUGAUGUGACAUAGACUAAGGAAAGUGAUCAAAUACUGUAAUGGUUAACCGUUGAAAGAGAUACAAGAGAAGGGUGGAAGUAUUGGAGAGUGAAAGAAACAAAAGGAAGGAAUACCGGUACUGUAAUAUAAAUAUGAAAUGGAAUUGGGUAAAUAAAGGGACUUAGGAGGAGAUGAAUUAUGUGGGGAAUGGGCAACAAAAGUUAGAAGAAUACUUUUAUUUAUAUUUGACAAGAGAAUGGAGGUGGAGAAAAUGAUAGUGUAUGAGGUGGUGUGGAAUAGAUGAAGAGAAAGAAGACUAGAUGAGAAGUGUAUAUUGAGUGAUGUUUAGGUGGGAGUUCUUGGGGUUCCAUUGAUGGAAUUUGUUUCUUGUAGGAAUUUGUUGGAAUGCUGUUGUGUGUGUGUGGAGGCAGCUUUUGUUGGGUCAUUCUCAUGUACUCCAAGGAAAGGUUAUAGGAAAACUAUUUUUCUAUUUAUCUGAAUCUUUGUCAUUGUUUUCUAUAGUAACUUUACUGGAAAUAACCCGAGUGGUGCUCUUAGAAAUUUAAUUAUAUUUUAAGGAUUGUCGGGUAAUUUUUCUUAUUAUCUUGAAUGAGAAAGAACAGAAACGGAGACUUAGUUCUUUGCAAUUAAUCCAUGAAGGAUGAAGUAACUGAUGUGAACAGGCUUUACCAAGGUGAUGUUUGAUAUAUAUUUGUAUUGUGUGUGUUUAUGCUGUACCCACUGUCUGACUGGUAUGUCAAGGAAUUACUUAUUGUGUACUAUCUCUCGUGUGGCUUGAGGUAACUUUCACUGAGCUGUGUUACCAGUGGAAAUAUUGUUAGGUGAUCUAAACUUUCUUUAUUAUUUAUUAUUAUUAUUUAGCAAGCAGCAUUAACACAUGCACACAAACACAG